AUGUCCGGUCCAUACGUAACAGCAGAGGAAUUCUACGCCCACGCCAUCCUCCAAUCUCACAUAAGAACGCUCUUCCGCGCACCCGAAUACCCCGUCAUACAUCUUGGAAGCCGCCUCGACGAAAACAAUGUCACCCGAUACUGGGCCGCAGUCAAAAGCUCUCAGAAAAGACGUAGCGGGAAGUUUCAGAGUCUAACGAGCAUUUACACUGGCAUAUCUCGUGGAUACGUAUUGCAAGCGCUGCUAGAAGAAGUUGAACGAAAAAUGGGGGACCAGCUGGAAGAUGAUCCAGAUAUGCCAGAAAUAGAAGAAGUGACAAAGGCUAUGGGGGAUGAGGAGGGAGAGUCCAAUGAAGUGACUAGUUUAUCUUUGAGUAUAUUGUCCAGUCCAGAGGAUAGUGAAGAGGACGAUGAAAAGGAUAAGGAAUACUCAACCCCGAAAAAAGCAAAUCAAUCUCAAAAAAAGGCAGCAGCGGAUAAACCUCAAGCGAACAAACCCCCAAUGAACCCUAGAGUGAUUCCUGGAACCGCUCGCAAAGAACCAGCGAAGGACCUAGUCCAAACCAAAGAGCCCAUGGAGAAUCCAAGCGAACCCAAGGAAAAGGGGAAAGCAAAACCAGCAGAGGAGACACUGAAAAAGCUAGAGGAGACACUAACAAAGCUAGAGGAGAUACUGAAAAUGACAGAGGAGACAUCACUAAAGGCAAAGAAGACAGUAGCAAGGGAAAAGGAGAUGUCAAUAAAGGCAAAGAAGACAUUAACAAGGUCAAAGAUGACAGUAGCAAAGACAAAGGAGACAGUGGUAGCGGGGCUCGCGAUCAAAGUGUAG